AAUUACUAGAAAAAGGUUGAAAUGAGUGACUCAGUUAUGGUUAUAGGAAUUUAAUGGCAAUGAGCUAUUUGUUGAAGUCUUGAUUCUUUGAAUGAGACCAAAAUGGCGGAUUUCUGAUCGAGACCAGAUAACGAAUCAUAUUUAUUGUGGGCUUGUUUUUCGGAAGAUCCAAAUAUCAUUUCUGUCCUCUUAUAACAAGUUCUUUGUCUAUAAUUCAAGAUGGCAUCUUACCUAUUGGAUUCGAUGAAUGAAUUGACGUGAUAUUAAGGUCCCAGAAUGAUCAAAUUGAAUUGGGUUUGCGAUUUUGUGAUUUCGUUUUAAAGUUGAUUCCAAACGAAUUGCUGAAAUUGAAGCCUUCCCAUGUUAAUGCUUUGCAAGUGUUCGACGAAAUUUCAGAGGCUCAAAAGAAUCGAAUUGAAGACGGUGUGCUAAAGAAAAACAAUGGCAACUCCAGUUCAACCACCAAAUGGGGUUAGAUCCGAAGGGAAGCAUUACUUUUCUAUUUGGCAGGCAUUGUUCGAAAUCGAUAUAAAAUAUGUUCCCAUAAAGCCGAUUGGUCGUGGUGCAUAUGGUAUCGUUUGCUCUUCAAUUAACCGGCAAACCAAUGAGAAAGUUGCAAUAAAAAAGAUUCAUAAUACCUUCGACAACCAUACUGAUGCUGUGCGAACUUUACGUGAACUCAAACUUCUUCGCCAUCUUCGCCAUGAAAAUGUUAUUGCUCUGAAAGAUGUAAUGGUACCGAUGCACAGAACAAGUUUUAAGGAUGUAUAUCUGGUCUAUGAGCUUAUGGAUACCGAUUUGCAUCAGAUUAUUAAGUCAUCUCAGUCGCUUUCAAACGAUCAUUGCCAAUAUUUCCUCUUCCAGUUGUUGCGAGGCCUGAAGUAUCUCCAUUCCGCAAACAUUCUUCACCGUGACCUAAAGCCCGGGAACCUACUCAUCAACGCGAAUUGUGACCUAAAAAUAUGUGAUUUCGGGCUGGCGCGUACCAACAGUGGUAAAGACCAGUUCAUGACAGAAUAUGUUGUCACUCGGUGGUACAGGGCGCCUGAGCUCCUCCUCUGCUGCGAAAACUAUGGCACCUCGAUUGACGUUUGGUCAGUCGGGUGCAUCUUCGCUGAACUUUUGGGAAGAAAACCGCUCUUUCCAGGAACAGAAUGUCUCAACCAACUGAAACUAAUCAUCAACAUUCUUGGCAGCCAAACGGAAAACGAUAUCAAGUUUAUUGACAACCAAAAAGCAAGAAAAUUCAUCAAAUCGCUCCCUUUUUCACCUGGGACUUCAUUUUCGCAGCUUUAUCCUCAUGCUCAACCGUCAGCAAUUGAUCUAUUGCAAAAGAUGCUAGUUUUCGACCCUUCGAAGAGAAUUAGCGUCACUGAAGCACUUCAUCAUCCUUUUAUGGCGUCGCUCUAUAGUCCGAGCAUGGAUCCUCCGGUCGAAGUUCCGGUGAGUAUGGAUAUAGAUGAAGAUUUGGGGGAAGAGGUGAUAAGGGAGAUGAUAUGGAAGGAGAUGCUUCAUUAUCAUCCUGAAGUUGUUGCUGUUGCUGUUGCCAAUCCACAACCAAACUGAUGAAAGGUUUGUUGUGGAAGCAUAAUUUAGCAAUUUUUUUUUUUUGGUCUUUAAUUUGCAUUUUGCAGCCUAAUAAGCAUGGAAUUUAAUGCAUUGGUAGGUUAUGAUACUAGAAAACAACUUUUACUUCCAGGAGGUUGUUAUGAGCUAGAGUUGUACAGUAAUUGUGGGGAUAUGAUAUCCACAAUAAU